AUGAAUACUGAAACAAAUCAAGAAGAUCCGCCGUAUGAAUAUUUUUCAGAGAUUUGCGAAAAAAUUGGAACUGAUUGGAGAAGAUUGUCUUGGAAAUUAGACCCUAGUAUCGAUAUAGAUGCAAUUGCUGAAGACUACCAUAGAGCUAUCGAUAGAGCAAGGGCAGUUUUAAAUCGCUGGAAUCAAGCUCACUCAAGUAAUGCAACUUUCGACAUACUUGUGGAAGCUCUCGAUAGCAUUCAAAGAAAAGAUAUUGCUGAUAAAAUAAGAACCAUUAGGCAGACCAAUACCAAUAACAGGCCGGCUUCGUCUGGAUCAAGCCAAUUAUCGCGACAUAAUUUAUUACGAAACGUACCAGAAACUCCCAGUGCAUAUUAUAUCGAACGACAAAGCUAUAUUCAAAAAAUAAUUGACUAUCUGAAAAGGAUUGAUAGUAAUGAAUUAGGUGGUCAUAUUUUAAUUCAUGGCAUGGCUGGAAGUGGCAAUAUAAGGGAAGAUGAAUUUGUCACCAAAUUAAGGAGCCUUUACAUACAAAUAACAAAAAAUAUUCAGAAUAUCUGCCAACUCCCUGAUAAAGUGGAUGAAAUGGUGGCUUGCCUUCAAGCAUACCUAGAAGGCGAUAAAAAUAUGAAGAAAACUUUAUUCAUCUUUGACGACGUUGCAAGCAAGCACCACUUUGAUAAGCUUAAAUUUGCUAAAAAUACAAUCAGUACUUCUCGAUUCAAUCAUUUUAGAAACAAGCCUACUGACAGCCAACAUUAUAUUCAAUUAUCGGAAUUACUUUCAGAGGGUGAGGCAAUGCAAAUAUUGGCAAAAUAUUACUCUGAGGAAAAAUUAAGCCAGCAUCGUCAAUUAGUCUUGCAAGCUAUUAAUAAAUGUGCAGGCUUACCAUUAGCCAUAUCUUUAAUAGGUGGCCUGAAUUGUAAGACCAGUAACGACUGGGAAAAUGCUGUCAACACCAUCGAGAGGAGAGAUAUGAUUGAUACACAACGAGAAUAUAAUUUCAACUUAUACACAGCAUUUGAUUUAAGUAUUAAUCACUUAGACCAUAAAGAGCGAGUACUAUUUCAAUUACUUAGCGUAUUUAAGCGCGUUCAAAUUCCAAAAACAUCAAUUAUGGCUCUAUGGAAUGAGGACAAGCAUUAUGCUGAAUUAUGCUUGAAAAAUUUAAAUGCAAGAUCGUUGUUAAAAUUCGACGAGAGCAGGUGCUAUUUAGUUCUUCAUGACCUGAUCAUCGAUUAUCUGCAGCAACUACCUUGUGAGCAUCAAUCACCUUCAGAUCAUUGGAAAUGGAUGCAUCAAACUUUAGUUAAUGGUUAUUUAAAGGGGUGUGAAAGAGAAGGUCGCGACUGGUCGUCUUUUCCUAAUGAUUAUUACUACUACCAGUAUCUUAUAUACCAUGUUAUACAAGCUGAAAAUGAUAUAGCUUUAGAAAGUAUCAUGACUGAUUUUAAUUGGAUGUCAGCUAAAAUAGAAGCGCACAACGGAUUGUAUGACCUACGCUUGGACUUGAUAAACUGUAUUCAAUAUUUGCAGAAAAUUGGAAAGGACUGGCAAAAAUUUGAUGAAUUAUUGCAUCUGUUUAAUCAAUACGAGUCAUUUUUGGAUGGAAGUACUGGCGACUUAGUACAAUUUCUGUUAAUGUUCGGUAAAAAAAAUCACUGGAUUACUGAAAAAGCAAUUCACUUUGCAGCGAAUAAUACAAAAAAUCGAAAAAGCUACUAUUGGAUGAUAAAUGUGUACCCGGAUAUUCAGAAUGCAGAAAACGCUUGGAUAGCAUCAAAAAAAAUCGGUGCAAUGUAUAACGAUCGAAGCAUAAGAUGUUGCAUUUCAUCAUUAGGAAAUUUGUUAAUAAUUGGUACUAACAAUAAUGGACGAAACGACUGUCAAAUCGUGGGCAAAAAUUAUGAAACUUCGCAGGUCUUAUUUAAACUAACUCCACUAAAGCAAGAUGUUUAUGCCCUUCGAAUUUCUAUCGACGGUACUAUUAUUGCUUAUCGGUAUGAAUGCGAGAUUUGGAGAAUCGAAGGUAGUCAAAUUCAAUCAGUAAAUAAUCCCUUCUUCUUCGAAGCCGGUGUACAUCAGUGUGAAUUUAUACAAAAUGGCAGAAUGAUUCUAUUUUGGCGGAAUCAAGAUCAUCAAUUUGAUAAGAAACGAGAAAUAAUUAGCUAUAAAUUGCAGAUUUGGGAUAUAGAAGAACAUCAAUAUAAGCAGAUAUAUACGGUACCGGCGCGAAUUAUCUGGUCUAAUAAUCAAGUUAAACUGAGUAAUAAUGUUGGCCAAGGCCACAUAUUAGAUCAUGUUGUGCAUAUUGGGCAGCGUGAUGCUACAAUUGCUAUGGCCUAUGGAAAAAUUCUUGGUGUUAUAGCCACGGAACCUAACAGCCAAACUACAUUUGAUAUAGUUCAGAAUUUUGGAAAUUUCUUUGUACCCAUCUAUCANAGUCCAUUUAACAUCGAUGCUAUUAAAAUUUCUGAUGAUGGGCAAUUGAUUGCAAUUCUAUGCCAUUACGAAAUAACAGUAAUUAAAACUAUCAACGGGCUGGCUAAUAAGUGUUUAAAGAUAGAUAGUCCAAUUGGCUUGAAAAAGUUAUCAUUUAUCCCUAAAACUCCGAGACUACUAGUCUAUGAAUAUGAGAAUUCUCAGUCUGUAUAUGAAUAUAAUUUAUCAGAAUGGCAAAGUGGCUGGAAUGAUAUAUUAUUAAGACGCCAGGAGAGCAUCGGCUAUGAAGACUAUGAAAAUAUUAUAGACACAAGUUGUACCUUUAUAGAUGAUAUUCCAGUUGUUGCACAACUAAUAACAUGCGGAGCAGAGGGUAAUUGCGAAAUCAAGAUAUUUCAAGGUUAUCGGAGUGAACAGAAGUUCUCGAUUAAGCUAGAUGAAAAAUAUCAGCAGUGCUUCUUGUAUGAUGACUUUCCAUCUGCAAUCUUAGUUGGCGUAUGUAAAUGUCCAGAAAAUGAUGAUCUUCCAGAUCAGUCAUUACUUCGCUGGCAUAUUACAAUAGCAGAGCUGACUAACUUUCAAUGCACGACAACGGGUACGAGAGAAAAAAGAAUUUCGGAAUUUCAUAUACCAGAUCAAGUUAAAGAAUUCAGAGUAAUAUCAUCAAGACAUCGUAAAGCUGACAGCAAUAUAAUAUUAAUAGUAAAUAUUAUGACAAUCAAUCACGGCGAGCGAGCUUUAAUCAUUAUGGUCGAUAGUAAUACUUUAGCAAGAAUAAACUGCUUUGAUUAUAACACGGAAAUACAUGAACAAAUAAGAAUAAUCUAUUUCGACGACUACAAUCUUAUUACUCGGCAAUGGGUAGAAGAUUGUUGCAAAUGCAGUAUUAAGUGGUAUAAAAUUGGCACCGAUAGGAUUAAACUUAAGCAACAACUAACGUAUCAAUUUGGUUCUGGUCUGGCUUUAAAAAUUGACGUAAUAACUAAAAAUAUAGAUCAAGAAAUUUUCAAGAGAAUUUGGGGACCAAACGACACAGAAAUUUUUGUUUUGGAUCCAUAUCAAGAUGUAUUGGUUAAAGGCUUUAAGAAAAACAAAUUAGAACUAAGUACUUAUACACAAGUUCUAAAUAUAGAAAACUUAUGGUCACAGAAAUUCUACUUCACAUUUGAUCGUGUGGUCAGAAAAAUGUAUAUUUACCAAGCCACAACUUUAAAGUUACUCCAUAUUUUGUCUUUUCCUUACUUUACCGCGUGGAGUAUGAAAUGGAAUUCUCAACAAUCAUCUUUUAUCUUAACUAAUGCAAAGAAUCAGUACAGUAUUCUCGGUAGAGUUCCUGAAAGCGAAGCUUUUUUUUAG